CUGGAGGCUGAGGCUGCUGGUCUUCCCUUCUCGUCUGGUGGCGGUGCUGGCGAAGCAGCCAAGAAGAAGUCCGCUCAGGCUAAGAAGAUCGCCUCCAAGAAGCGCAAGGAGGAGGAAGAGCUGGAGAGACAGAAGAUGAUGAUGAGCCGGAAGAAGCGCAAGCUCCUCGAAAAGAUGAUGUACUCGAACAAGCAGAAGUCUGAGGAGGCUGCCAAGCUGCGGUCCAAGAGGAGAAAGCUUGAGAAGGAGGGCCAGAAAUGA